AUGGUAGUUUGCGUUAACUGUGGGCUUGAGGUUCCCACUCUUUAUCAUGUGUACAAUAAAACAAGUUUCUGUCUGUCGACCUGCGAACAUUGCGGGAAAAUUUCCGACAAAUAUGUUGAGUGGGAACUCCCACUCAUGAUCAUAGACCUCUUCCUGUUCAAGGUGGAGGUUUACAGGCACCUGAUACACAAUUACACCUCGCGGCCGUUCAAAUCGGGGUAUAAAGUGGGCUCGAAGAGCAACAACUACCUCAUCAAGGUGGUCCUCCUGCUGUUCUCAGCAACAAUCCUCGACAGCUACUCGAUGCUCACCACCUGCAACUACCUGACUCAGCCCUCUGACUUCUGCUACCCAGAGUUCGAGUCCAUUAACAAGAACACUCUGAACAGGCUGGCAGGUAAAUUCGAAAGCCACUACAAUAAAACACUGCAGCCGUUCGACUUCAAGUUUGAGGGAGUUGACGAGUCGCUAGGCAACGAGUACACGGAGUCGGUCUCAGAUCUCGUCGAGGACUUGGCACGGAGCAUGCUCUACUACUCGAGGCUGAAGAUAUUUAAGAGGCGAGGACUUAACGACGAGUACUGCGUGAGGAGCUACAACAAGGUCGUGGAGAUACUGUUUCUGCUGUUUCUGCAAAACCCAACGCUCUGCACGUUCAGCAAGAACCUGACCCUGGACUGUAAGGACAUAAGUGAAGUGGCGGUCAUACUGCUCUCGGCCCUCAGGGUCUUGUCCUACUGCUUCUACAUCGCAUUGUUCAACGCCUUUCUGCGCAGGGCCGGGAAGGUUAGGCUCAAGUCGCACGAGAAUUGCAAGUGCAACUCCCCGGAGCUACACAAGUUCAUGAUAUCGUACACGGAUAUUGUUUUCUCGCUUCUCAUUUGCUUCCACAUCAAGGCGCUGGUGCUCAUGAUGAACAUUUGGUAUCCCAGACACACGAUACUUAUCGUCAUUGAGUUCUACAUAUACCUCAGCCACAUUGUGGAGUUGACUGGUGUUUGUAACAUUCCACUUCUAUUUUCACUGUUCGCCGUGGUCACUGGAGCUAUGCUGAAGUUGGUAGUGUACUUUAUCUGGUUCACGCUUUUGAGCCGUUUUAACGCGGGUAUUUUCAUGCGAAAUAAUAUAACUUAA